UUUUUUGUUUGUUUGUUUCAGUUCUAGACCUGGAAGGCCUCCUAAGAGGACUCAAAGUGUCACCUCCCCAGAGAAUUCUCAUAUCAUGCCACAUUCUGUCCCAGGCCUAAUGUCUCCUGGAAUCAUCCCGCCAACAGGUCUGACAGCAGCAGCUGCAGCAGCAGCAGCUGCCACCAAUGCCGCCAUAGCAGAAGCAAUGAAAGUGAAAAAAAUCAAAUUGGAAGCUAUGUCCAACUAUCAUGCAAAUAAUAACCAGCAUGGAGCAGACUCUGAAAAUGGAGAUCUGAAUUCAAGUGUUGGGUUGGAACUUCCUUUUAUGAUGAUGCCCCACCCACUGAUUCCCGUGAGCCUACCUCCAGCCUCUGUCACGAUGGCGAUGAGCCAGAUGAACCACCUCAGCACCAUCGCCAACAUGGCAGCAGCAGCACAAGUGCAGAGCCCUCCAUCCAGGGUGGAGACAUCUGUUAUUAAGGAACGUGUUCCAGACAGCCCUUCUCCUGCUCCUUCUCUUGAAGAGGGACGAAGACCUGGCAGCCAUCCGUCCUCUCAUCGAAGCAGCAGCGUGUCCAGCUCGCCUGCACGGACCGAGAGCUCUUCAGACAGAAUCCCAGCUGUCCAUCAGAAUGGGCUAUCUAUGAACCAAAUGCUGAUGGGUUUGUCACCUAAUGUCCUGCCUGGACCUAAGGAGGGUGAUCUGGCUGGUCAUGAUGUGGGACAUGAGACAAAAAGAAUACACAUUGAGAAAGAUGAGACCCCGCUCUCCACACCAACCGCAAGAGACAGCCUUGACAAACUUUCUCUAACUGGGCAUGGGCAACCACUACCUCCAGGUUUUCCAUCUCCUUUUCUAUUCCCUGAUGGAUUGUCCUCCAUAGAGACCCUUCUGACUAACAUCCAGGGUCUACUAAAGGUUGCUAUAGACAAUGCCAGAGCUCAAGAGAAACAGGUCCAACUGGAAAAAACAGAGCUGAAGAUGGAGCUCUUCAGGGAACGAGAACUGAGGGAAACACUUGAAAAACAGUUGGCUGUGGAGCAGAAGAACAGAGCAAUAAUUCAGAAAAGGCUAAAGAAGGAAAAGAAGGCAAAGAGGAAAUUGCAGGAAGCACUUGAAUUUGAGACUAAACGACGAGAGCAAGCAGAACAAACACUGAAACAGGCAGCUUCAACAGAUAGUCUCAGGGUCCUAAAUGACUCUCUGACCCCAGAGAUAGAAGCUGACCGCAGCGGGGGCAGAACAGAUGCUGAAAGGACAAUACAAGAUGGAAGACUUUAUUUGAAAACUACUGUCAUGUAUUGAAUUUUUCCUGCUGAAAAUACGUGUGCUACGGUAAAGAACGUUGCAGUAAGACACUGGCUCAUAAGGAGUUCUGUGGAAACAAAAUGUUUUCAAACCAACUUCCUCAACUUCAUUUAUCAAUGUUCUUCAAAAAUGUAAAGAAUUCUGCAAGAGUGUCCUCCUUUGGUUAUCUCCUGUGGCUCAACCUGGAGAUCUAGAGAAUGUUUGUAAAUGUACAGUAGCACUGUUCUCACAGCGAAAAUCUGCAUCUCUGCGCUGGACUAUUGUAUCCAAAAUUGCAGGCGGUCAGAACAAGGCUGAGUAUUCCCUUUUUCAAGGAAUGCAGACUCUCCUCUGAUGAUUCUAUAUUUGAGCACAUCCAAUGAUCCUUCCAGCGGUGUCCAAGUACACUUACAGACUGUUAUACCAUACCGAAACCAGCAAGACAGCUCAGAAAUGAACUUGUAGAGGGCAUAAGAGGAUUCUUAUUUAAAAAAAAAAGGAAAAAAAAAAAAAGGUAAAAGAAGAAAAAAUUGAUACAUUCAGUUUUCAAACUAUGAUCGUGGGUUUUCUUCUAAAGACAUUUUUUCCACAUGCUUUCCAAGAGACCAACACAUAUAUGUUAGACUACAUUAAGUGAAAUGGAAUUUUGUGUAAGUGAAAAGAAAUGCUGAAUGUAAACAAACUGUUUUACCAUUCACAAAGUCUCUUUUCCUAAAAUAAAAUUGAAAAAAAAAAACUAAUAAAAAGAAUAAUAGUUUCUCAUUGUAAACUGGCAGGGGUUUAUGAAAUAAAAGACUUUGCUUCUAAUCAAAAUGUUGGUCACAUGUACAGUAUAUAACACAAAUCACACAAGGAAGGUAUUAUGUAUGCAGUAGAAAUCUAGAGUUUAGGAAAUGAAACUUUUAGAUAAUAUUGUUUUGUCACCCUGUUGGUCAGAAAGACACCUUUCUAGUUUUAACGCAUGCAGGCAUGUAAAUAUUUGUCCUGGAGUCACAGUAUUACUGAAUGAGAUCUUAAGCAUCUGGUAAGAAGUCAGAAUUCUGUAUCAGCCACUUUUAUUUGUAUAUUGAGCCCUGGUUAGUGCCCUGACUAGUGCACUUCUAAGAAUGGACUGUGGCUGAGCAGCGAGUCAAAAUGCCAGAAAUAUUUUUAUAUGUUAAUGUCAUAUUACGUCAAUGUUGCUAAAAAAAAAAAGCAAACCUAACAAACACUUGAUGUAUC